AAUCUCACAACAAAAGCUACAUUGAAAGUAGUAGGAAUUUUCUUGUCAAAGAAGGUGUUUAUAUUUUGCUAAUUAAAAAAAAGUGAUAAACAAUAAAUAUUGUUUUAUUAUUUAUUAACGACAUAAAGUAAAACUAAUUAUUAGAUAGAAUAGAAAUUUGAAAUAAAUAAAAUAAUUGUGAAAGUGUUUUCAUCAAUGAAAUGUCAACAUUCUGCUAAGUGGAUGCAUUGAGCCAUGUAGACGGUUGUUUUAAACAAACUGUGUUGUGCUUUUCACUGCCAACUCAGUCGUUGGCGUUAUCAUUGUCGUCAUCACCCAGACAAUUGCAUCCAACAGAUAAAGAAAUCUUAAAAGUGUAAAACAAACUUGUCAUUGUUGUUGCUGCUAUUGUGCAAAAUGUGUGGCAUCAAUUUGCGAAGAUUUUGUGAGGAGUGGCGUAUAUGGAUACGACCUCUACUUAUUGUUACCUAUACGAUAUUUGCCAUAAUUGUUGUACCACUGUUGAUAGUCAAUUCGCUAAAAGAUGGAUUCUCACGUAAGGAUCAAUUGAUACUGAUUGGUGGCUUGUUUGUGCUGUCAGCGGUACCGGUGUCGAUUUGGCACAUAAUUCAACAUGUCAUACACUUUUCGAGACCAAUACUACAAAGACAUAUAAUACGUAUACUGUGGAUGGUGCCCAUCUAUGCGUUAAAUGCGUGGAUAGGUCUCUUCUUUCCCAAACAUUCGAUAUAUGUUGAUUCAUUGCGUGAAUGCUACGAAGCAUAUGUCAUUUACAACUUUAUGGUGUAUUUGUUAAACUAUUUGAAUUUGGGCAUGGAUCUUGAGGCAACUAUGCAAUAUAAGCCACAAGUAUACCAUUUUUUCCCACUCUGCUGCAUGCGACCCUGGACCAUGGGUAGAGAGUUCAUACAUAACUGCAAGCACGGUAUACUACAGUACACUGUGGUACGGCCCAUAACCACCUUCAUAUCAGUCAUUUGCGAGCUGUGCGGUGUAUAUGGCGAAGGUACAUUCGCAGGAAACGUGGCGUUUCCAUACAUCGUUGUGAUUAACAAUAUAUCGCAAUUUGUUGCCAUGUAUUGCCUGGUAUUAUUUUACAGGGCCAAUAAAGACGAUCUGAAACCAAUGAAACCCAUACCAAAAUUCCUUUGCAUAAAAGCUGUGGUUUUCUUUUCAUUUUUCCAAGGAGUUUUGCUUAAUAUUUUAGUAUAUUAUGGCAUUAUCACACGGAUUUUUACAAUAGAUGGAGUCGAUAACACAAAUCUUGCCUCUAUGUUGCAGAAUUUUCUGAUCUGCUUUGAAAUGUUUGUCGCUGCAGUAGCACAUAUCUAUAGUUUUCCUCACCAUCCUUUCCAUAUCAAUUCACCUCAAUAUUGGAAUAAUCCCAACAAUAAUUGGUGCCGUGCUUUUCUAUCCAUGAUUGAUAUAUCCGAUAUGCAAGAAGACGUUACCGAGCAUCUUGGUGUAGUAAGCAGUUCGAUAAGUCGUCGUUUCCAGGGACGAAGUAAUUAUCAACCAUUAUCGCGUGGUCCACGACGAUCUAGUAGUGAAUCAGAAUAUUUAAUCCAUAAACGACAAGAGGAUGCAGCUAUGGGAGAUGUCAGUACCGGUAACGCUGAACACACCAAUAUUUCAGGUAAUAGAAAAACUUACAAUUCGAAUUAUGCUAAAACGCUGGCUAACGCCAAUCGCUAUGGAGCUACAGAUAGUCUAGUGCUACCAGUUUGUGAUGUGGCAAUAACUACAGAUUCUCCAUCUCAAUCCCAAUUAGCAGCCGCACGCCCCAACACAUCCAAAGCCUCUAUGUCCGCCUCCUCCGCAUCCCACUCUAACUUCGGCAUAAGUAUACAGAAACGUGAACCGCAUACACGUGACUAUUCACCCCAUUAUGGAGCGCCAGUUGCUGGCGGUACAAGCUUUCUACAGGCUCGCAAUGUUGGCAAUACACAUAGUCCCAUUCCAGAGUCAGGUGAUGAUUUUGCAUCACUCAUUGGCUCAACUAGAUGACAUCAUAAUGACUACAGUAGCCUUAUAUUAAACCCAUCGGCUAGCGAAUCAGUAUCGGUGGGCUUUUCCAGUAGCUUGAAGCUGUCAACUGGGUGCAGCAACAGUUCCUCUGAUUGGUUAAGUUCAUCGGGUGAGGGUGAGGGCGAAGGUGAUGGCGACGAUGAUGGGCUAAACGACGAACACCUACAAUUACUAGACGAUACACAAUUAGGACGACCGAACAGAGACAGAGAAUAUAUCACUUAAAAGAACAAAACAUAAUACUAUAGUUGAAUACGAUUAAAAUGUGUAUGUAGUUGUGUAUGUAAUAGCAAUUAUGCAGGCCCACUGCAAUUAAUGAGUCUAAACUAUUUAUAUGUGUAAUAACGUUUGAUAGCCAUCAAUUGCAGUUGGAGGCAUUUUUUGCUAAGCAUAUGUGAACAACUCAAUGCGCUACAAAAUCUACACAACUUUUGAAUGAGUAGUAUGUGGCAUGUAACCUAUUGGUCGCUUGAGUUCAGUUAUGUGAUAUAGUUCUCAUUUAUAUAAACAUUUUAUAGCUAAUUAUAAUAUUUAAAAAAUAAUAAUAUUAAAGAAAUUAAGUCAAAUGUUACAGCAACUACACCAAACGACUGAUAGGUCACAUCGCCUCAUUACAAACUACGAACUAUUUUUAUGUAUUUUUUUUUUUUUAGGUUUUUAUAUAUACUUUCUAUUUUCAUUAUGUUAUAUAGAUAUUUAUUAGCUUUCUGUUUAUAAUGACUACUAUUAUUUAAAUAUUUAUAAUUUGUAUAUC